GCAUACAGAUCUACGGCGGACGCUUUCCCCCAAACCCACCCGGUGAUUCUCCAAAUCAUAAAGGGAUUCUGAAAGGACAACAGGAAACCAGAAAUAGGAUGGAUUUUCACCACGCAGAGGAGGAGGAAUGUUUUCUUCUUCUAUAGCAACAGACGAAUGUAAACUUGCCGGAGCAGGAUCAGUGCGGCCCGUCCAUACAUCACGUCCCGUCCGUACAUCACACUGACGGGACGUUUAAAUACUUUUAAGCCUUUUGCCUUACUUUGUGUGUUUUUCACAAUUCCAGUUUUGUAUUUUUUUUUUUUUUUUUUUGCAUUUUCUAUACCUUGAGCAACCGGAUCUUGGCCUCCGUCUUGGGAUUUCGCAUUUUGCACCCGGCGCCUUGUAAAGUUAUAAAUGAAUAGCCCUUAUGCCCAACAUGAGCUGGAGUUUUUUAACCCGUCUUCUAGAAGAAAUUCACAAUCACUCCACCUUCGUGGGGAAGGUCUGGCUCACAGUCUUAAUCAUCUUCCGAAUAGUCUUAACCGCCGUCGGCGGAGAGUCGAUUUACUCCGAUGAACAAAGUAAAUUUACGUGUAACACGAAGCAGCCGGGCUGCGACAACGUCUGUUAUGACUCCUUUGCGCCGCUGUCACACGUGCGGUUCUGGGUCUUCCAGAUCAUCAUGAUAUCAACUCCAGCAGUGAUGUACCUCGGCUACGCCAUCCACAAGAUCGCCCGGGCUGCCGAGAAUGACAGACGGAAACAUAUGCAGAAGAAGAAGAAAAAGUCUUAUUCGAGAUGGCGGACGGGUGAAAACGUUGAAGAUCCCGAGGAUGACGAGGAGGAGCCCAUGAUCUAUGAGGCUCCAACAGAACCAGAAAAAGUGGAAAGCAAAGACAAAGAAAACAAAAAACACGAUGGCCGAGCGCGAAUUAAAGAGGAGGGACUGAUGAAAAUGUAUGUCUUUCAGCUUUUGUCAAGGGUCGUAUUCGAAGUUGGCUUUUUGAUAGGUCAAUAUUACUUAUAUGGCUUCCAAGUGGUGCCUAAUUUCCAGUGCAGUACACAGCCGUGUCCACACACGGUAGACUGUUUUGUGUCUAGACCAACAGAGAAGACGAUAUUUUUGCUGAUUAUGUAUGUUGUGAGCUGCCUGUGCUUGUUGCUCAAUAUCUGUGAGAUGUUUCACCUCGGAAUUGGGACCCUGAGGGAUGUAAUUCGCAACAAGAGGACCAAUACUGCCAGGGAGCCACCCUACAAUUAUUCAUACCCAAAAAACACCAAUUGCCCUCCAGAAUACAAUAUGGUGGUGAAGUCGGACAAGUCCACCAAAGUCCCCAAUAGCGUCAUGGCUCAUGAACAAAACUUGGCCAAUGUUGCCCAGGAACAGAAUUGCACAAGCCCCGAUGACAACAUUCCAUCAGACCUCACUGCCUUACAUAAACAUUUGAGGGUUGCCCAAGAACAGUUAGACAUUGCAUUCCAGACCUAUAACUCUCAGGUCAACGGGCAGACAUCAAGGACCAGUAGUCCUGCUUCUGGGGGGACGGUGGUGGAGCAAAAUCGGGUAAACACUGCACAUGAAAAGCAAGGAGCGAAGCCCAAGGCUAGCUCAGACAAAGGCAGUACCAGCAGCAAAGAUGGAAAAACUUCCGUAUGGAUCUAAUCUGAAAUUUAACAGGAAAAAAAAAAAUGUUUUAAAUCCACUGGAAUUCCGAGUUUUUGUUAACAUGAUGCCAGUAAUGGUUCCUCAGUUCAGGACCGAAGCACAAUUUAAAAUAAUAUACUAGAUAUCAAUUUUAUACUUUUUUUCUCUACUUCUUUUUUUUCUAACCAAAUACCAAGUAUAUGUCUUUAUACAUUCAUAUCUACUUACAUGUUUCUGUCUGGAGAAACGGAGUCAUACUCAAAACUUUCAGGAUUUACCACCACGAAGGGCUACAAACAAUCUCCUUUGAGGGGCUCUCCCUUAAUUUCUACUCUAUAGAACAAUUAAUUCCUGAAUAACUCCUUGGCGGGACCCCUGGUUCUGUAGACUGAAAAGUCAGCUGGAAUAUUUGCUUUGCACAAAAUAACUAAUGGGAUACAGACUGGGAAACGAGAAUUUGUUCUGUAACUGAAACUUUUUUUUGUUUCAAUUUUUUGGUUUAAUAUGUAAGAUAUUGUUUUAUAUAAAAAAAAGAAGAAAAAAAAAAAAGAACGUGGCUCAAAC